CAAACGCUCUUCGUCUCUAUUUAUAACGUCUACCUCUGCUGGGAGUGCGCCUAGGUGCGCUGGCGUUAUUUAUACAUCCAUGCGGGCAGAUCCUAGUCGGGCCUUUUUGCUCUGACUCACAGAGCUGUCGGCUCUAUUGAGGAAGUCCGUUAGUGACUCCCGGCCUCGGCACUAUAGAGUCUGACCGACACACACACACACACACACACACAGACCGACAGGAAGAGAGACAGAUGGCUGAGAGUGAGACAGGCAGGGAGUGCAGAGGAAAAAAGGACUGUUUGAAGUCUGAGUUGAGGACGCACACGAGACAAGAGAAGAGACAACGCCGGACAACGCAGACGAGAUUUAUGGGAAAAAAGACAACUGUCAAAUAGGGAUUGAUUGUUUUUCUGAAAGGCCUUUUCAACUAGUUGUUGUCCAGCUGUUUCUUUUUCUAGAAGGAGUCUGUGCACGCUGAAGACCGGCCGCCGAAGACAGAAAGAGAGGAAUAUUUUCUGUCUCAGACGCACGUCUUCUACCUCGGCCGCAGGAUUAUGGUGCAGUUGGUUCGGUCUGAAGAUCUGAAGGAGGAUUAAAAUGCUGAAAUGUAAAGUUGACCCAGGUCUGUGCUUCACCUCGCUGCUGCUGCUGCUGCUGCUGCUGGUCCGGGAUCUGAGCAGUGCAGCUCCCGCAGAGUCCCAGUCCGUCCCGUGUAACAUCUCGGUGUCUGGACCCGUAUCCGGCCUGGACUCCAUCUCGCUGACCGUCACCACGCCCGGACGCAACUGCUCCUUCACCGUGACGUCUCCGGACGCCGCGGCAGACGGCGCCGAGUGCACGGCGAGGAGAAACGAAGGAGAGGAGGAGGAGGAGAUUGGAACAGACUACCUUAGAACUAACCAGCUAGGAGUGGAGGAUGGAGGGAACGAGGAGCUAGGAGGCGUUUUCACCUGCGAGCUGCAGCAGCUGGAGCCAGGAACCUCCUACCUGCUGCAGGUCCAGUCCCAGAGAGAUGAGGAGACGGCAAACAUCACCCUGAACACCAAGCCAUCGGCAGUGAGUGGCCUGGCGGUGACCUCCAGCACCUGCAGCAGCCUGGGCCUUUCCUGGCAGGCCGGCCCGGGCAGAACAGAGCGCUUCAAGCUGCAGCUGUGGGAUCAAACGGGUCUGCUGAGGAACGAGACGUUAGAGAGCACCGCAACGCAACACACGCUGCUCGACCUGUCGCCGGGGCGACUGUACAACGUUACCGUGGUGACGGAGGCUGGCGGGCUGCAGAACGGCCGGACGACGGCGGCUCAGACAGCUCCCGCCCCCGUCUCCAACCUCGCCGUCGCCUACAGCGACAGCACCAGCUUGCUGUUGUCAUGGCAACGUCCCGCGGGUGACCUGGACGCGCUCGUCGCCGCCGUCGUCGGCGUCCUGACCAAUGGGACGAGCCGCUGGGAGACGACGCUUCCGCCGGACACCACGCGGGUCGCCGUCGACCAGCUGACUCCCGGCUCGGCCUAUCGGGUCGCGGUGACGUCGAGGAGCGGCAAGCUGACGAGCCAAUCAGAAAUCACCGUCAGGACAGCUCCGGCGGCAGCGUCCCUCCUCUCCCUGUCUCCCUCCCCCUCCGGAGGCCUCCUCCUGUCUUGGUCGCCCCCCGCUGGUCACUGGGAGAGCUACACGCUCCUCCUGUUCGACGGGUCGCAGCUGUUAGUCAGCGCCACUCCGGAGCGAGAGGCGGCGAACUUCAGCUUCCCCGGGACUGGGCUAACGCCUGGAAGAACGUACAGAGCUGUGCUAAGAGUGGAGAGCGGAGGACUGACGGCUGAGAGCAGCUGUGAAGGAGCAACAGCUCCGGCCUCGGUGUUGGACCUCCACGUACGCCACUCUGACGAGACAUCGCUCAGCGCCAUGUGGAGCCACGCCCCCUCUGGGUCACGUGACAGCUACUUCCUGACCCUUCGCCACGGUAACGUCACCGUGGAUACCAGGGAGGUGGAGCCUAACAUGAGGGAGUGCACGUUCAACGUGCUCACACCUGGGCGGCUGUACACCAUCACCGUGACAACCAGGAGCGGGAAACUGAACACCUCCGUGUCAUUGGAAGGGAGGACAGUUCCCAUGGCGUUGCAAGCGAUUACUCUGACAUGCUCCGGGGUCAGCAGCCUUCAGGCAUCAUGGGAAAAACCACCGGGAGACGUGGACUCGUUCAUUCUGACUCUCCUGCAAGACAGUGUUGUGGUUCAGAACUACAGCGUUCCGGUCGGUUCUUCUUCUCUGCUGGUCACUGGUUUGACUCCCGGCGCUCUCUACCGGCUGCAGGCCGCAGCCGUCAGCGGGGGGCUGCGCUCUACAAGCACCAGUCUGGAGGCACGCACCGCCCCGGCGUCGGUCUCCGAGGUAACCGUCGCCAACGGCGGCCGGUCGGAUGCUCUGCGGGUGUCGUGGCGCCCGGCGCCGGGCGUGGUGGACAGCUACCUGGUCCGCCUCCAGGACAGGGGUCGGAGCAUCCACACGCUGGCCGUGUCCCGCUCCUCGCCGCCCGAGUGCUCCUUCAGCUCGCUGGUGGCCGGCCGCCUGUACUCGGUCGUCAUAGUGACGAGGAGCGGCAGCCUGGAGAACGCCACCGCCAUUCAAGCACGGACACAGCCGGCCACUGUGCAAGACCUGACAGCUGUGCACUCGGCGAGAGACGACUUCCUCAAGGUGUACUGGCGUCACGCAACUGGAGAUCGGGACCGCUACGUUGUUCUGAUCCGUUACAACAACAGCGUGCUGCAGAACAAGAGCGUCUCCGCCACGCGCAACGAGUGCGUCUUCUCGUCUCUGUCGCCGGGGAGACUCUACACCGUCACCGUGGAAACCUGGAGCGGGGACUACGUCGGCAGCGUCUCCACCGACGGACGCACAUUUCCGGCAGCUGUUGGAAAUCUGUCGCUGGACAACGCAGGAACAGGUGAUCUGACUGUCACCUGGAGCCCCGCCCCCGGAGACGUGGACCACUACGAGGUGACUCUGCUCUUCAACGACACUCGCGUUUUCCCUCCGGUGACGUUGGGCAGCGAGCAGCGGCGUCACCGGCUGACCUUUCUGACUGCCGGGCGGCUUUAUAAGAUCGUGGUGUCGACGUUCAGCGGGCCGUACCAGAGGGCACAGCACAUCGAGGGACGGACAGUUCCCAGCGCCGUGGGGAACCUGCGUCUGUCUCCACGCUCCUCCGUCGGCGGGCUGAUGGUCUCCUGGACACCGGGAGGCGGAGACUUGGACAUGUAUGUCGUCUCCCUGUCCACCACGGACGGCGUCGUCGUCGAGACUCGCCCCGUCCCGAAACACGUCUCCUCCCUGGACUUCCAGGAUCUGACCUCAGGCCUCGCCUACACCAUCAGCGUCCAAUCACUGAGCGGGAAGCUGACCAAUCGGAACACAGCCACCGGCAGAACCGCUCCGGCCAGAGUCACGGCGCUGCAGGCUGAUAACGACCACACCACGCACAGUCUGACCAUCAGCUGGGAGAGGCCGGUGGGCGUGUACGACGGCUACAGCCUGCAGUUAUUGGACGAGGCCGGCGUCGUUCUGGCCAAUUGGUCGGUCCCUGUGGGGAGUCGGAGCGAGCGCCUGGAGGGUCUGACGUCGGGGAGGUGGUACAGAGUGAAGGUGGCGACGCUCAGCGGUGGCGUCCCGUCACCGGACGCCACCGCAGAGGGACAAACUCGUCCGGCUGCAGUCAGUAAUCUAACCGUCACUUCGGCCAACUCCUCCUCUCUCUCCUUCUCCUGGCGUCCCUCGGACGGCUACGUCGAUACCUACGACCUCUCGCUCUACAGCGUCACCGAGGCAACAGCCAAUCACAGGCAGGAUGCUGCAGCGGGCGGGAAAGAGCAUCACCAGGCGGGGGUGGAGCCGGUGGACCUGCAGAAAGUGGGUCCAGCUGCAGACCGCUGUGUGUUCUCGGGCCUGCGAGCAGGAAGUCUGUACCGACUGCAGGUGGUGAGCUGGAGCAGAGGCAUGAGCAGCGACUCCUCGGUGCUCGCCAGAACCGUCCCGUCUUCAGUUUCAUCUCUGCAGGUUGAGAGUUCGGGACGGACGGACAGACUGACGGUCAGCUGGCAGCACGGAGACGGAAGCUGGAGCAGCUAUCAGGUGGUGUUGUACGACGUUUCUGGAGCCACUCUGGGAGCCCAGACGCUCGGGGCAGAGCACAAGAGUCACACGUUCUCUGGGCUGAUUCCUGGUAGGCUGUAUCGCGCUGAGGUCAUCACACACAGCGGGGAACUGACCAAUAACAUCUCAGCCUUCGGACGCACCGCUCCAGAGCCGCCCACCCACCUGUCUGUCAAACAAGGCCCGACCAGUGACACGAUAGAGCUGUCGUGGUCCGGUCCCGCCUCCGGCGACUACGACAGCUUCGGCCUGCAGUGGACGCCUCCCGACAGGCUGUCCGUCACGCAGACUCACCUGACCGGCCGCAUCCUGGGCGGGAUGUUUCCAGGGCGACUGUACAACUUCACCGUGGCGACCCUAAGCGGGGGCGGAGCCCCGGACAGGCCCGCGGUCAGGAGCCAGCCAAUCCAGAGGAACGUCAGGACAAGUCCUUCUCCUCUGAAGUCCAUCCACUGCUUCCCUCUCUCCUCCUCCUCCCUUUCCUGCUCCUGGUCGCCUCCUCUCGCCGACUUCGACUCCUACGAGGUCGAGUGUCGUCGCCACGACGACGGGGAGCUGACCUCGGCGCUUCGUCUGGCGGGGGGCGUCACCGCGGUAACGCUGGACCACUUGGAGGCGUACAGGAAGUACUCUGUGACGGUCAGAGUGGCGUCAGCCGGACAGACGAGUCUGCCGGCGACACACACAACCGUUACCAUGAUAGACCGCCCUCCGGUCCCGCCCCCGAGCGUUCGUGUCAGUGAGAGGUCAUCAAAGGUCACGCCAUCCUCCAUUUUGUUUCGCUUCAACUGCUCGUGGUUCAGCGACGCCAACGGAGCCGUGCGGUACUUUGCCGUGAUCGUGGCCGAGUCCGACGCCAAUGAGAUGCUGCAGCCGGAGCAGCGCCACCCUCUGCCCUCCUACCGCGACUACAUCAGCAACUCCUCCGUGCGAGCCUAUCAGAGCGCAUACUUCUCCAGCCGCUGCCCGCAGGAUGCCGACACCGCCGCCGCUGCUCAGGUGGUGGAGGUGAACCUGGGCGCUGGAGGAGAUCGACUGGGCGGGGCAUGUGACCGUUACCAUGACGAUGACCUCUACCUGAGCGACAGCUACGGCGGCUUCUGUGACGGGCCGCUGAAAGCCAAAACCUCCUACAGGCUGAGUGUAAGAGCCUUCACCAAACUGUUUGAUGAAAACCACCGAGAGUUUCCUCAGCCGCUCUUCACCGACACGUACCUGUCUAAACCGCUCAGGACGCUCUCAGAGCCUCUAGGUGGCGUGGUGGAGGGUUUGAGUGCCGGGAUGUUCCUGAUCGGUAUGAUGGUGGCCGUCGUCUCUCUGCUGGUCUACCGACAGCGGCUACGCAAAGUGGCUGUACAGGAGAACCCGGUGGUGAGGAUGAGUAUGUGGAAAGAAGUGCCCGCUGCAGGGUUAUAUCUGGGCGUCAGGAGCAAUCGUCGAGUCACCAGUCCGAUCAAAGCCUGUCACUUUGAGACCCAUCUGACUAAACUGCAGGCCGACUCCAACUACCUGCUGUCGGAGGAGUUCGAGGAUCUGAAAGAUGUCGGACGCAACCAGACGAUGGAUGUGGCCAGAGUGCCGGAGAACCGAGGAAAGAACCGCUACAACAACAUCCUGCCAUAUGAUUCCACCAGAGUAAAGAUGGCGUACCUGGAGGACGACCCCUGCUCCGACUACAUCAAUGCCAGCUACGUACCGGGUAAUAACUACCGUAGGGAGUACAUCGCCACUCAGGGCCCGCUGCCCGGCACUAAGGACGAUUUCUGGCGGAUGGUUUGGGAACAUGGCGUCUACAAUGUCGUCAUGGUGACGCAGUGUGUGGAGAAGGGACGGGUGAAGUGUGACCAGUACUGGCCUCCAGACAGAGAGCCUCUGUACUACGGAGACCUGGUCCUCCAGAUGCUGUCGGAGUCCGUCCUGCCCGAGUGGACCAUCAGAGAGUUCAAGAUCACCUCGGAGAGCGGCUGCAGUUACCCUCGGGUGCUGCGUCACUUCCACUACACCGUGUGGCCCGACCACGGAGUCCCGGAGAGCACCCAGUCUCUGAUCCAGUUCGUCAGGACGGUCCGGGACUACGUGGACCGAUCGCCCAGCACCGGGGCCACCGUGGUACACUGCAGUGCUGGUGUCGGCCGUACAGGGACUUUCAUCGCCUUGGAUCGGGUUCUGCAGCAGAUGGACUCUAAAGGAACCAUUGACCUGUACGGAUGUGUGUUCGACCUGCGCCUGCACCGCCAACACAUGGUCCAAACUGAGUGCCAGUAUUCCUUCCUGCACCAGUGUGUGCGGGACGUCCUGAGAGCCAGGAAACAUCGCAGCGAACAGGAGAAUCCUCUCUACCCCAUCUACGAAAACUUCAACCCCGAGUACUGCCGCGAUUUCAUCUACACCGGGCGCUGAACAGAUAACAUCUGAUCUGAUCAGGAGAGAAGAAACUCUGCUACGUUAGCUCAUCCUGACUUUAUUAAAACUAUCAGAGUUAUUAAA